AUGGAAACAAGGUUCACCUGUAUAUCACAUGGAUUUUCUCUCAGCUUGGGGAAGGAGAAAUCAUCUAGUCUCCGACAAUCUUGCAUGAAGGUCCUACAAAACCAGGAUUCCACCACUAUGUACCGCGCUGGUCUUCAUAAACACCACACUGAAGUGAUAGGAGGCAAUGAUUGGUCAGGGGAUUUUGCCCUCAAUGUUGAUGACUCUGUGGGCUUCAGAAAUUGGCUGAACAGCUUGGAGGUUUUCCCAGAUACAGUUUUGUACUCCCUUCUGGCAUUGUAUGACCUGAUACCAACUGAGGCAAAAAAGGAGGGGGUAAAGACUGCCAUAGAGAAGUACUUAUCUGAUAACAUCAUAGGUUCCUCAUACAAAGAGAAAUUUUGUCAGCACCCAGAUAACCUGGCUUCCAACUGCUGUCCUAUACAAGCCAGGAGGGGGCUACUGAAUGUGACCAAAAUUCAAGCCUGGGAUCUGUUGGGAGAUACUUGGGGUCCGUCUGACAGGUGA